AUGUCCAACACGUACUACCAAGGCCCGCAGUUUGGCGCCAUCGACGCGAACUUGCAGUUCUAUUCGUCCUCAGCCUCGCCGUCGCCGUCCACGUCACAGCACCCCAAUUCCGCUGCCUCGCUCCCGCCGGCGUCGUCCUUUUACAGCAAUCGGCCCUCGCUCGACCCAGGCUCGCGACCGUCGGUCGUGGCCGGUCGCAUCGGCUCAUCACCCUCGGGCGCAACAGGUGCAGUAGGCUCGAGCGUGGCCGGCUACGGCUCGGGUCAGCCGACCAUCGUUCAGAACUGGUGGAACGCCUUCACUCCGUGGACAGGCCAGGAUGGAGAACCACCUCUGCUGCAAGGUGUGUUGAAUCGCGUGCACUUUUGCUCGAUACAGGAAGGUGCCCUGAGUGUGUCAGAGCCCAGCUCUCGCUCACGCGUGGAACGUCCGAUUCGGCGACAGCUGGACAGUCCCUGACCGCUCUCUCCGCUCACUCUGUUAAAUCUCCCUUACCCCAGAACUUGGCGUCAACUUUGAUCACAUUCUGCAAAAGUCGCUGACGGUGCUGAACCCGCUCAGCAAGGUCGACUCGCACAUCAUGGACGAUGCAGACUUGGCUGGUCCUCUCGUCUUUUGCUCCGUCUUUGCCGGGUUCCUGCUGCUGGUCAGUCGACGCCGACUGGGAUGGGAGUUUGUGUGGCUCGUCUGGAGAGGGCUUUGCGCUAACACACGCUCGCUCCCUUGUAUUCCGGACAUCUCGAAUGUGCAGUCGGGCAAGCCCCAGUUCUCUUACAUCUACGGUGUCGCACUCGUCGGCUCGGCCUCGAUCUACAUUCUUUUGAAUCUCAUGUCCGAGAGAGGGAUCGAUGCGUAUCGAACGGCAUCUGUGCUCGGUUAUUGUCUUUUGCCACUGGUUCUUCUAAGCAUGAUCUCGGUCGUGGUCAGCCUCGAGUGAGUGGCUCGUUCUACCUCUCUCUCUAUCCAUUCCUAAAUCAGGUCGCUCAUCAUGUCUGUCCGCAGUGGCUCUCUCGGCUACAUCGUCUCAGGUUCAAGCAUUGCGUGGUGCUCAUACUCUGCGUCAGCCAUAUUUUCAUCCGUCCUUCAAUUAUCGUCCCAGCGACUGCUUGUAGCAUAUCCCGUCGGACUGCUGUAAGCGAUCUCGCCCCGUCCUGCCGUUUGAAGGCCGACUUUGACCCGUGACUGACUGGCUUCCCAGUCUGCUUGCGCCGCAUAGAUAUGCAGCUUUCGCAAUGCUGAGCGUGUUUGAUGGUCGCAGUGGCGUGGUACUGAAGGCCUAG